AGCAUACUCAUUCCAACUCUCGAGUCGUACACAACCACUCGCUCUACUAACUCAUCCAACAUGGCUGUUACUGGCAACAAGAAGACUUCGGUUUUCAGCAUCCACAGCCUGAAGAAGGCUAUCAAGAAGCUUAUUAAGAAGACUCGCCCUGCCAAGGAGGAGAAGAAGGUCGCCGAGGAGGUGGUCCGUGUGGACUUCGAGGCCGAGAUCGAGGACAACCUGGCCAACGAAGCUCUCGAAGCCCGCCUCCUGCAGAUGAUCGAAGCCUCCCCCGCCACCCUCGACCUCGACCUCAACCUGAGCGUCAAGGGAUCCCUCAUGGUGAAGGCCGCCCCCGACUUCGAGAUCCAGUUCGGAACCUUCUGGACCACCGAAGACGACAAGAGCUGGACUCUGUGCAAGGACCUCUUCGCCACCACGCCCCGCCCCGCCAACACGGCCUAAGACCCGCCAGCCUCCCCCCGAACACCGCCGACCUACUGCUGUGAUGUGUCUGCCCUGUGAUAGGGGCGUGUACAAGUGCCGUGAUGUGAUAUUACUGUGCCACCCUGGGGGGGAACCGUCGCCGCCCUCGACCGUGCUUAGCGCCUCUGAGGACCUACAGCGCCUUCUACACGAGAGGACCGGCCACACCCCACCCCCCCGGAGGACGCUGCGGGCUCUGCUGUCUGCCUUUGGAGUUCCUGCGGCGCCGCCUGUGAUAGGAUAGGACCUCUGCAAGAACUUAUCCCAAGCCAAGUCUUAACCGGACCUGGCAGAGCUGUGAUAUUGAGGAGGAAAAGCUUCAGCCUUUUCGCCGAUCUUCUGUGAUACUACUUCUAAGGAAUAAUUUAUUCAUGAAAUAAAAACAAAAUUAAAUUUA